UUUGCUGCUGCUUCCCCGGACACAGUGGAGAGAACAUUUCAAGCUGAAUUAUUUGCACCGAUAUCUCACAUGAGAAGCAGAAGGCACAUGACGACCAUUCCAAAUAAGUCCGUCAGCCCUCAGCGGUCAUUUCGUCCUUGGUGAUCAGAGGAGAACAAGCAGAGAUGGAGAGUACCUGGGUGUUGAUGUUGGUUCUUGUGGCUCAACUCGGUUUAACCAGAAGUGCAGGGUCGAUGAAAGAAUUGGAAAACAUUGCUGGAAAGCUGGUGUUUUAUCAGAUGGAAGGAAAUGAGACUUAUAUUAGGAACGCUGGAGAGCUUGCUUCAGAUGUCCCAACCGAGACCAUGUUUGAACUCUCUGACCCUCAACGGAAUCUCAGCUCGGCAGAGUUCACGUAUACGUGGGAUCUAGGGAACGGAGAGGUGAUCCAGGGGAAAGACCCAGUAGUCAGGUAUUUGUACCAGCGAUCAGGAAACUACACACUCCAACUGAAAGUAGGAGCCAACAUAACCACGUCCUCCCCUGCACUGACCGGCGUGUACUCCAUGGACAUUAAAGUUCUGGAUGCUGUUAAACACAUCAAGCUGAAGGAGCAGUCUGACUACGCAGUGUCUCAGAACAUUGGUUUUUCCGUCUAUGUUGACGGCAGCCCACCCAUGUGGGUUUGCUGGAAGUUUUUGCACGAGUGUGUGCCAGACCCCACCAGCACCUGCACUCUCAGCAUGCUGUAUGAAAACAUCCUGCACCUGAACCACACCUUCUCCUCCGCUGGGGUCCACUGUCUGGACAUCAGCGUCAGCAACGAUGUCAGCAAGAUGCAGACCUCCUUCAGCCUGUCUGUCAAGGGAAACUCAACUCCCCACGUACUCUUCAUCGUCUCCAGUGCAGCUGUUCUUGUGGCGACCUUUUCCUUCAUUGCUGUCAUUGCCUGCCGCCCUCGACACAACAGCAGACAACAGAUUGCAGUUUCCAGCAAUGCUUUGUUCCUGAAGAGCCAGGAGUGUGCUCACAGCAGAGUUCUCCUUAACAUUUCUCCUGAGAGGAAAGAAGAGAACAAGCCUCUGCUGUUGCCCUACUCCACUCAUUACUCCUAACUACGACUGAAGCUUACAGCUAACUGUUCUGUAUUCUGUAAUGUACACACAUGCAGUCACUGAACAGUAUUGUGCUUUAAAGUGCCUAUCACU